AUGAAGACGAUAAAAUCAGAAGACACAAAAAUAACAACAGUCAAUGUGACCCGACCCUGGAGAAAGGCACAUGUGGAGAUAGAUGGUCCUCCCAGCGAGAAGAAACAGAAAGAACAAAACACCUGCGUUGUAUGUCUCCAAAAUGGAGUAGCGAAGUAUAAGUUUGUGUGUUGCUGCGAAGGCUACUGCUCUAUCCCCUGCUUUCAGAGGCACGACAGAAAGGCCUGUUUGGAGAAGCAAAGGAAGGUCAGCAGAUUAAAUACGCUUAGCAACGUAGAGAGCCAAAACGGUGAGCAUAGAAAAAGCCAAGUGGAAGAAAGGGGAGAUAAACCUACGGAGGAUGACGAAGAGUCCGAUGAGGACCUGCUGACAGAGGACCAAAAAGUAAAGCUAAAGGAAGACAUCACCUUGAGGAUAUUACUUAAAAAUAAUUAUGUCCGUUCCGUUUUCAAGCAUUUUACUACAUCCAAGGACAAAAUUGCGUACCUCUCCAAUUAUAUUAACGACCCCACCAUUGUGCAGGUCGUAGAUCAAAUUAUGAAAUCGGUGGAGGGUUGA